GAAAUUCACGCCAACAUUUUGCCACGUUUCACUAAUGACGUAAUCUUUCCUUAGCUUUGACAACAAGCAGAAGGGGCAACGAGCUGUUCAAACGUAGACCAACCUAGUUGCCUACAUUGUCAGUAGGGUACUGUAGUCAUAUUAUUCACGGCAGAACAUACUCAAUUUUCGACGAUCCUUUAGGAACAAACUACGAUUCCGAAAAUCGCUAAACUCGCUGUAAGGCUUCUCUGUUUGUGGAGUUGCUAUUUCUUGGUCGGUACUAGCAGCCAUUUUGGGGUUCAGACAACUAACCUGGUUUUGGAGGAGUACCUUGCCAGCUAGUUAGUUAACUUAGCUAGCUACUUUUUUAUCAAAGGAAUUAGCUAGCUAAGUAUUUAUUUCAAUUUUUCAGAGCGAAAGGGGGUGUCGUUUAAUAAGAAGAGGGGAUUUCUGUGACGAGUCCACGAUGAAUCCCGAAUAGUAAGUAGCUAACGUUAGCUGUUCUGCUAGCUAGCCAGCUAACGUUAGCUGACCAACUGUCAAAUACGUGCAAGCUAGCUAACUACCAUUGUCACCGUGUUGUUUAUUGAGGGCAUAUUAACGUUUCACACAGGUUAAUCAAUGUCAUUACAUGUUUGUUGUUUACAGCCAGUUAGUAGUUGUGAGUUUGCUAGCAAGUUGCUAAGUAGUCUUUACCAUAGCUAACUAUUCUUCAAAAAUAUUAGCUAGGAAACGUUACCUAGCAAGCCAGCCUACGUAACGUUAACUAACAACGUUAAUCAGUGAACGAUAACUGCUGUUGUCAAAGGGGAGAGUAUUUUGGUUGGUAACUACUACUUACCUUUUUACUUAACAUAUUCAAGCUAGUAGUCUGACAAUACAACGCACGUCUGCUAACGUUACAUGUCAUGAGAUAUGUGGUCCUCUGUAGCUCAGCUGGUAGAGCGCUUGUAACGCCAAGGUAGUGGGUUCGAUUCCCGGGACCACCCAUACACAAAAAAAAAUGUAUGCACGCAUGACUGUAAGUCGCUUUGUAUAAAAGCGUCUGCUAAAUGGCAUAUUAUAUUAUUAUUAUAUGUUAUGAUUAUCGUUAGCUAGAUAGCUAAGUAACGUUAGCCAUGCAAGUCAUGAUGGGAGUGUGUAACCUUACUGCAGCCUUUGUGCGCUUGUGGUCAAUAAUUAAUGUAACUACCUUGCCUUUUCCAUGACAUUCAGUGAAUUUGGCCCUCAAGUGGAAAACAACUAAGCAAGAGGACAGUCAGUGCCACCCCCGCUCUACAUCUUGAGUCAGUCAUGUGUAGGUCACGAGCAUGCCUGCCAUAUGCCAUGCCUCUCAACACAUUCAUUGGGUUGUUGGGCAAUUCAUGGUUUGUGUCUACUACUACCAUCCCUCCAUUCAGGUUGGCAAGUACCUGAUUACUGUAGAUUAGGCCUAUAGGUUUCGUUUUUGUGAUACAUCUUUUGUAUUUUAGCUCAGUUUAAAUUAUUGAUUUCUCAUCUAUUCAACAGUCCCACUGGCAUGACUGAACAUCUGAUUUGAAAUGGGCGGCGGGUAGCUUAGUGGUUAAGAGCGUUGUGCCAGUAACCGAAAGGUCGCUGGUUCUAAUCCCCGAGCCGACUAGGUGGAAAAUCUGUUGAUGUGCCCUUGAGCAAGGCACUUAACCCUAAUUGCUCCUGUAAGUCGCUCUGGAUAAGAGCGUCUGCUAAAUGACUUAAAAUGUAAAUGUCUUCACAAGAUUAAAUUCUGAUUACACAAUAUAGUGCAUAUGACUGCAUUGCAAGGGUAGCCCUUUCCUUCCUUUUUUAGACAGGCACACUAUAAUAUUGCCUCCAUUUUUAUAGUCAGUAUAAAAUCAGUUUCCAUUUCAGUUAUUUAUUUGAAACCUCAAGGGGUAUGUUAUUAAUUGUAACUCAGUUGUUCUUGAACUCUUAAACUGAGUAUGAUGUGUGUAGCAUCAAAUACAAUUUUAUUGGUCACAUACACAUUUAGCAGGUGUUGUUGCGGAUGUAGCAAAAUGCUUGUGUUCCUAGCUCCAACAGUGCAGUAGUAUUCUCUGUGUAUAUCAAUUAUGUCGCUCUUGCUGCUGGUGACUCUCAGAUCCACCUCUACGCAGACGACACCAUUUUGUAUACAUCUGGCCCUUCACUGGACACUGUGUUAACAAACCUCCAAACGAGCUUCAAUGCCAUACAACACUCCUUCCGUGGCCUCCAACUGCUCUUAAACGCUAGUAAAACUAAAUGCAUGCUCUUCAAUCGAACGCUGCUUGCACCCGCCCGCCUGACUAGAAUCACUACUCUCGGCAGGUCUGACUUAGAAUAUGUGGACAACUACAAAUACCUAGGUGUGUGGUUAGACUGUGAACUCUCCUUCCAGACUCACAUUAAGCAUCUCCAAUCCAAAGUUAAAUCUAGAAUCGGCUUCCUAUUUCGCAACAAAGCCUCCUUCACUCAUGCUGCUAAACAUGCCCUCGUAAAACUGACUAUCCUACCGAUCCCUGACUUUGGCGAUGUCAUUUACAAAAUAGCUUCCAACACUCUACUCAGACUACAUCCAAUUUGCUAUCACAGUGCCAUCUGUUUUGUCACCAAAGCCCCAUAUACUACCCACCAUUGUGACCUGUACGCUCUCGUUGACUGGCCCUCACUACAUAUUCGUCGCCAAACCCACUGGCUCCAGGUUAUCUAUAAAUCACUUCUAGGCAAAUCCCCGCCUUAUCUUAGAUCAUUGGUCACCAUAGGAACACCCACCCGUAGUAUGCAUUCCAGCAGGUAUAUCUCACUGGUCAUCCCCAAAGCCAACACCUCCUUUGGCCGCCAUUCCUUCCAGUUCUCUGCUGCAAAUGACUGGAACGAACUGCAAAAAUCUCUGAAGCUGGAGACACUUAUCUCCCUCACUAACUUUAAGCAUCAGUUGUCAGAGCAGCUUACCGAUCACUGCACCUGUACACAGCCCAUCUGUAAUUAGCCCACCCAACUACCUCAUCUCCAUAUUGUUAUUUACAUUGUUAUUUAUUUUGCUCAUUUGCACCCCAGUAUCUCUAUUUGCACAUCAUCUUCUGCACAUCUAUCACUCCAGUGUUAAUACUAAAUUGUAAUUAUUUUGCACUAUGGCCUAUUUAUUGCCUUACCUCCAUAACUUACUACAUUUGCACACACUGUAUCAAGAUUUUCUAUUGUGUUAUUGACUGUACGUUUUGUUUAUUCCAUAUGUAACUCUGUUGUUUUUAUCGCACUGCUUUGCUUUAUCUUGGCCAGGUCGCAGUUGUAAAUGAGAACUUGUUCUCAACUGGCAUACCUGGUUAAAUAAAGGUUAAAUAAAUAAAAUAAAAAUGUACAUAGGGCAGCAGCCUCUAAGGUGCAUGGUUGAGUAACCAGGUGGUAGCCGGCUAUAAUGGCUAUUUAACAGUCUGAAGGCCUUGAGAUAGAAGCGGUUUUUCAGUCCCUCAGUCCCAGCUUUGAUGCACCUGUACUGACCUCGCCUUCUGGAUGAUAGCGGGGUGAACAGGCCGUGGCUCGGGUGGUUGAUGUUCUUGAUGAUAUUUUUAGCCUUCCUGUGACUUCGGGUACUGUAGGUGUCCUGGAGGGCAGGCAGUGUGCCCCCGGUGAUACUUUGGGCAGACUCUGGAGAGCCCUGCGGUUGCGGGCAUAUGUGGUUUCCAGUUUGUACAAAGUCCAGUGUAGUUCCUUGAGGGCCGUUGUGGUAUCGGCUUGAGGGGGAAUAUACACGGCUGUGACUAUAACCAAAGAGAAUUCUCUUGGGAGGUAAUACGGUCGACAUUUGAUUGAGAUUUUCUAGGUCGGGUGAACAAAGGACUUUAGUUCCUGUACAUUAUCACAAUCACACCAUGAGUACCUAAUCAUGAAAGAUACAACUAGGCUACAGUUGUAUGUUCCUGUCUGCGCGAUGUACUGGGAACCUAGCUGUAUGGAUGGGGACAGUAUAUCUGGAGAGAGCCAUGAUUCUGCAAAACAUUAUGUUACAGGCCCUGAUGUCUCUCUGGAAGGAGAUCCUCUCCCUGAGCCGUCUACUUUAUUGUCCAGGGACUGAACAUUAGAGAGUAAAAUACUCUGUAGCGGUGGAUGGUGUGCACUCCCCCUGAGUCGGACUAGAAGUCCACUCCGCCGGCAGUGUCUUGGAGCAGCCUCUGGGCUAAGCCCAAUUACCCUGGGGGGUACGAACAAAGGAUCCAAUUCGGGAAAGUCGUAUUUCUGGUCGUAAUGCUGGUGAGUUACCACGGCUCUGAUAUCCAAAAGUUAUUUCCGGCUGUAUGGAAUCUGGGCUAAUAAUGUAACAAAUAACACACAAAAAAAACACAAUUCUGCAAAGUUGCUUAGGAGCUAGAAGCCGAGCUGCCAUGUCUGUCAGCGCCAUAUUCACCCUUGUUGGCAUGCUAUGUUUGAAGUUCCACUCAUUAACUUACACCUGGACAAUGGACAUCGCAUAGGCCUAUCUUAUGUAUUGUCUUGGCUAAUCCAUCAACAAUUACCCCAGCCCACCCAAGCACUUUUGCUUUGGUAUGACAAUAACUAACUACCAGAGAGAUAUCAUUGCCUAGCAGAGGUCAUUUCCACUCUCACACUAUUGCCCCCAGCCCUUACACCUCCUUCAGUCCUCUCAAGAGGUAGGGUACUUAUCUAUCCAUCCCCACACUGCUUCCAUGGACUCAAAUGCACCUGGUGAACCCGGCAAACUGUCUUUGGGCUUCUCUGAGUUCCCAGUUACUAGCCUAAAGAUUUCUUUGCGGUCCCAGUUGCUAGCCUGCAGAAAACAUAGGCUACAUUUGUGUUUUUGCAGAGCACUUGCUUUAGGCCUAUCCUUUGCCUAACCCAAGCUCUAGUUUAUCGCAUCUGCUGGAGCUGAGCUGCUGAUCCACAGACUGUUAGGGCCUGGCUGACACACUGACUCGCAUUGACCCUCAUUGACCUCUGUAGUAAUGAGGAAAGGGAACCUCAGGUCUGAUCUAAACCCUGCUUUUCCUCGACACCUCUUGUCUUAUUAGACUGCCCUCCCUGAGGAGAGACCGAGACAGGAAUGCUAAAAGUGCAGUAUUUGAUUCUGUGGCAUUUGUAGAAUUUUGUGAUUGAAUGCCAUGGAGUGUGUUUGCAUGUGUUAGAGGUGUGGGUGUUUUUUUUAAAGGAGUUUUAAAGUCAAAUGUCAUGUGAAAGUCAUAAUGAUGGGCAGUAUCAUGUGUUUGGUGUGUCUGUGUGUUUGCAGCAUACAAAGUAUAAUUCAAUCCAACUUAAAACAUAAACAAUGACUGUGAUAGAGGAGUGGGAUGGACAGUUUUUUGCUGUAGGCUAUUCUCCCUCUCUCUUGCAUGACCAGUCAGCGGUACUACUAGCCUUUCAUAGGGACUGUCAUUAUUGUCCUCAACCAUCUGCUUAAUGAAGAGGGCAUGACUGGAUUUCAUUACAAUGGGAAAGGAAAGGGACAGGGAGGCAGGAAACAGGCCUGCCUCAGAGCUUCUUAGCCUUGGGGCUGGGUCAGGUUCUUCCAAGCCUACCUUCCUUCCUUUGACUGUACUACUGGAGAGACUGGAGGAGGGUCCGAGCUGAAGUCCAGCUGCAUUCCCCUCUACUGUGGAAUGCUUAAUCAGCUUACAGGAGUUUCCAUAUCUUUUUCUGUGUAGCCUAGUUGUAUGGCACAGCACGUCUAUGUUAAAUAAACAACACUGCAUACAGAGUGGAGGGGGUUGAGAGAGAGGGAGAGCUCUCUGUGUGUGAGUGUGCCUCGGUCAGAGCUGAACAUGAGUGGACAAUAGCUGUAGCUUAUAGUUUGCGAGAGAUUUAUUUUGCUGGUCUGACCUAUUUUGAUAGGGAAGCAUUAGUAUAGCCUAAUUCACACGGUUGAGAGUGGGACAGGAUGCUCAGCAUUUUGUUGUCCUCAUGCAUCGAUCCUAAUGGUGUUUCUUCUCAUAUAAAUGAGCAUAGCAUGAAUUGGUGUAUUUAAGUAAGCAUCAGUGGAGCAAGGAAUGGUGUUUUAGAAGUUAGGCCUAUUGUUUCUUUUUGCAAGAUUAGUGUUUGGCAAGCUCAUGCAGUUGCUAUGCUGUUGUAGUACAGGGUUAAAAGCCUAUUCGACAUGAGGACCAGUUAGUCAUGUUUGUGUGAGUGUGUGUCUACGCGUUUUGUGUAUCUCAUAACUGAUCAAGGUUAGCAGCACUCUGAAAUCUGAGCUGAUGAACUACAGGGAGCUUUGGCAAACUCUGAACAACAACAUUAAUUGUCUGAGCUCAAUUAAAGUAGGCUUCUUGGUGAAGUCAGGCACAGGCCUACUAAGUUGGUAGUGUAUUCCGUUUAACAUACUACGCUGUUGUCAGUCACAGUGCAGUCUUUACCUCUUAAAAUGUCCUUGUGAGUGUGUAUCACAUGAGAACUGAAACAUUGACCUCCCCAACUGACCUUUAUGUGAUUUUGCUGAUCAUGCACAGCUCAGUAUUGUGAGGUUUAAUUUCAUUUGCUUGUAAAACCACAUAAGCUGCUGAAAUCACUACUUUUCUGUACCAAUAAGUAUGGAAGUUUGUGUUGCUGUGUGUUUGGACUUGAAUUGGCCUGGUUUCAACUUGUGUGUUAUUGUCUAUAAAUGGGUUGGUGUGAAAGAGCUUUUUAGGUAUUAUGCAAGCGUCAUAAGACAUCAGACACAUCCUCGCUGCUGAUUGUGUGGUGGUGAGACAAAAAUAGUUAUCCUAAGCAUUUGCCCAACGCAGCAUCUUGCCCAACGCACUGAAAGCAAUAGGCCUAACAGCAAUGGCAUCUUGGAAUUGUCUGAAGCAUGAUCACAAUUAGAUCUCUUCUGGUGAGACGGUGAAGUGUGAAGAAACUGUUCUGUCUGAGGAAGCAAUCAAAGCUAAUUAGGUCUGUCCCCGAAAAAAAUUAAAAUAUUGGUCGACCAGGAGUCUUCUGUUCUUUCGACCAAUCAAUUGGUCAACGUGUAUUUUUCAAUAUAUAGACAAACUAUAUGCACUGAGCUUGUCUGAUUCUUUAAGCUUGUUUUGUCUGAUUUCAUAGGGCAACAGAUAAUCUUCCAUUUGGGACUUAUUUUAUUGUACUGAUCAACAUUUGCAUAAAGUAGCUUAUUUUAACCAGUAAUGAUAUCAUUCAAGAGGCAAGAAGGGUGCAGCCCCUAGGAGCCCUAUUCUCUCUCUCUCUCUCUCUCACACACACACACACACACACACACUGACUGUUUGCUGAGUCAAUAGAUCAUCUUUGGCUAAUGGAGAGACGUAAUGAGAGACAGAUUACUUCAGGGGUCUUCAACCAUUUCUUGCCCAGGGACCCCCUCACAGGCAAACUGGGGACCCAGGGACCCUCAUCAUGUCUUAUCAUCAGGGGAAUUAUAAUGGCAAGGAGAAGUAAUCAACAUUUUUGUAUUAUCUUGACAUCCCCACAUUAUAAUUGGAAGAGUCUAUUAGCUAGAAAGACAGCCUAUUCGCGGGCGCUUUUUCAAAGCCUAUGACAGAUACUCCAGUGAGUGUAAGUGGCUCAAUAUUAGGAGUUGAGAAAUAAAAUCAUUAGAAAGAUAUUCUCCUCUCUUCUACUGUAGGUAUGUAAUUCAACGUUAUUUAAUUAUGUUGCUAGCGAUAUUCAUAGAAAUAAAAAAGAUACAAAUGUCACUGUUUUGCAAGGGGUCACCUUGUAGUACCUCGGGGUCUGCGGACCCCCGGAUGAAUACCCCUGGAUUAAGUGAAUUAAUAAAGUUUUGGUGGCAAUCAGCUUUGAAAUCAGCAUAUUUUGUGUUAUGGUAUCACAAACAAAGUACUAGGGUAGUGAAUUGAUGUUCGCUGUAAGCUAGGAAGGAAAGUUAGCCUACAAAGCUAGAAGUUACCGUUAUGUUCUAGCAUUGUAAAGUGUUCUAACCUAUAUUGACAUUGUUUUGUUAAGUUUCAACAUUUUUACAUGUGUAGCAUUAUUUAAGUGUGUUAACGUCUGUGCAGCAUGAGUGCAGCCCAGACUCCCAGUUCAGGCUAGCAAUGAGUAAGUGGAGCAGGCACGGUACGUGUCUCGCACUCACAGACGGGCCUAGAUAAGUGGCGAUGGGAGUAGGGUGGCGGGUGGAAGAACGCAAGCAGUUUUGCAAGCGGUGCUGUUCGUGGUGCCCGUGAGCGCCAAAAGAUGAAAUUUGAAGUCAUGAGCGGCCACCACACAUGGUUCACCAGUGAGCAUCGUUCAUCUUGUCAACCAAUCAAUUUUAAUGACUGCAUUCGAGCUGACAACAACCGGGACCACUGGUCUCUCUAUACACGGUAGGCAGAUUUUCUCUGAUAGAGUUGAUCUGUGAGACACAUUUUGACAGAAGUACCAAAAGUAACAAAAAAAGGUUUGAGUAUCAAACCGUUUUUCAUGUUCUAGUAUCGAAAAGGUACAGAAGUUUCAGUAUACCGUGCAACACUAAUCAGAACAUGACGUUUUUCUCUUUCACGCCGAGGCUUGGUGGUUAUCGAAAGGAAGAGAGCUGGGAAGAUUUUAAAUACAUUGAGAAACUAAUGUCACUCUCAAUGGAUGUAAAAACAGACUGUUUACUUGCUGUUUGAGGUGAAGAAAAAAUUACUUUGAGAAGCUCCACUGCUCAUUAGUGUAGUUAAGACAAUCAGAAAUACUAUCAGACAUCCCCAAAUGGGAACAUUUAUACAUUUACGUGCAGACCAGGUAGCCUAGGCUUACUUCUAUGUGUAAUCAGGUGCGCGUCCUUAUUCAACAAUGACAGGAGCAGCGCUCCAAACAAAAGCCAGCGAAUAAAUUGACAACUUGUAAAUGGAAUGAAAUGAACCAAAACUUGUUUCUCAAGUGUCACAUAGGUUGUGUCACAAUGUGUCCACUCCGACAAUGAGAAUGUAAAUUACUGUUACUGAACAAACGAUAGGCAUUAAUGGUAAAUGUACUACUGGUGAUUAGGGCAGGGAAUUGCCAGGGACCUCACAAUACGAUAUCACAAUACUUUGGUGCCGUAACGAUAUGUAUUGCGAUUCGAUACUGUGAUUUUGUGAUUCAAUGUUCCAAACAUAUUGCUUAUCAUAUGUCAGAGGGACAAGAGAGAGCCAUGAGAAAACACGUUUUGAUCAGUCAUGGAAAUAAGUGUUUUAAAUUAUACCCAGGAUGCAUUAUCUUCAAACAUACUGUAGUCCUAAGGAAUACUCUCAAACGGUGUCAGGUCAAAGCAGUAGCCAUUUAUGGAAAACCAAUGCAAUUUCGAAAUUAAUUAAAUUUAACUUAUUUGAUCAAUUUUAUCAAAUUGCUUGGUGUGCCAAGGCAAAUACCCUCACGGCACGCGUGCCUUAUGUUGCAAAUGCCUGUUUAAGAGUGAUGGCCUGUGCCAUCCCUCCUGCCUCCGCAAUGGAUUCGUCCACUGAGACGGGCGCGAAUCAGACCUGUGUCUCGUGUGCCAUGAAAUAAAAUAUAUUUGCGACCGCUCAUCUAAAAAAAUCUGUCAACCAACAGCCUAUCGACCAAACAAUUGACCAGUCGACUAAAUGGGGUCAGCCCUAAAGCUAAUGCUGUCUUCCGAGUUUAGAGUCCCAAGCUUGACAAGGCUAUGCUUUUGUUGAAACUGUGGGAAAUCUGGAAUCCUGUUGUUUUAAAACACUUUACUCCUCUCUUCACAGUGACUAUUUAUUCAAGCUGCUCCUGAUCGGUGACUCUGGUGUCGGAAAGUCAUGUCUUCUACUCCGAUUCGCAGUAAGUGUCCUGUUGAUUUGUCCAUGUCCCAUAAGUGUCUCAUAGCCAUUCAUAAAUUGCUCGCACUAAUCACUCAUUAGCUGUUCAUAGGCUGAACUAGUCAUAUUAAUAAUGUCAUAUUAGUGCACUGCUUGGAGUAAAUUCAGCAUGUAAGAACUGGAUGCCCUGUAAUGCGAACCAGUUUCAAUCAAUCAUAGGAAUAGUAUUCAAAUUAUAUAUUAAUACUUAUGUAUGUUAAUUUUACUUAUCUUGUUUACUCUCCUAUUGCGGUGAAUGAUCAUACUUUUGAUUUGUUUUUUCUCUUGACUGAGAAUGUAUGAAAGGAUUUGUACUUUGAGCAGGAUGUGAGUGCUUGUUCCCUCACCGACUCCUCUCCCCUCUCUCCCCAGGAUGACACAUACACAGAAAGCUACAUAAGCACAAUCGGAGUGGACUUCAAAAUACGAACUAUAGAAUUAGAUGGAAAGACCAUUAAACUUCAAAUCGUAAGUGCUUCCCCGCCACAUCUUUGUUUUUCUAAAAUGGAAAGGGAUACGCCAAGCUAUACUGACAAGGACCUAACAAGUAUGCCUUUCUGCAUCUGGCCACAUUUGUACCAUGGAAUUUCUGGAAAAAUGCCAUUGUAGGCAUUCCUAAACAGAACCUAACUCUAAGAUUGUUCAUCAAAUAUCCCAAGGCAGAGGCCUCCUACAUUAUUAAGACUCAUGGUUGACUAUAACAUUGUGAAUUAUCGAUUAGAAAUUCCCUUCUCUCAUCUGUUUGAGGUGCUUGCGUGUGUUGGUCUUAUUUGUCACAGUUGGUGAAUGUGCGAUGAAGCAGCAUCAAUUUGCAGGGUUGUCCGCGGGUCCUUAGUCUUAAAAUAUUUAAUUAAUUUAUCUAAAUUAAAGGCUUUAAAAUGUCUUAAAUGUUCUUAAAUUCAGUUUUCAAUGGUCUUAAUAAAUGCGACCAGAGAUGACUACAGUGUUUCUACUAUGUUGUGCAGCUGCUUAAUUGUUGCCACCACGGCAAAAUCGGAUGAAAAAAAUGUAGAUCCAAUUAUAGCCUACUCCUACCGAGGCGCAUUUUCAAGAUGCUAGAGAGCUCCAAAUGUAGCCUACGACUCUGUAUGCGCGUGUGCCACUACAAGUUGGCAGUGGCUAGAUGAGCGAGCGCAGCGAGUAAGGUAGGCUACAAAAUAGAUUGCUUGCAGCUUGGCUAGUUAGCUCACUCGUUAGCUAGCUAGUUAACUAUUCAGAUAUUAUAUGAUUUGGUCAAACAGUAAAGUUAAUUCUCUUCAUAAAACCUGCAAUGAAAGUGUCUGCCCUGCCCAUGUGCCUGUUUCUCUGUGGCCUGUUGCAGUGAUAAUGAGUGAGGCACGUUUUACUGCCUUUCCCACUGCACUCCUGUAGAAAAAAAAAAUAGUAAUCUGAUUCUAGCUGUAAGAAAAAAACAGCUAUCCUGUGUAAUACUCAGGGCCUAAAAUUAAGACCCAUCACCUGCCAAACGUGGGUAGAUUUUGGCAUUGUUGGGUAAGAAUGUCUAAUUCACCAGCCACGUUGCUGCAUGGUAACACUCAGGGCUCUACAGUGUGAGCAUUUCAUAAAAAUAGUAAAGUAUGGCCACCAGUGCUAGUUUUGAUUUUAUAGCGAAAUAUUUGCUGCAGUAGCUGUUUUCAAAGUAUUUCUGCCGUUUUGUUUCAUAUCUGGUAAUGCACAAAGAAAUCUGAAUCAUAACGUUAUAGCUAUCCCACCUUGCGCAGCAACAUUACCUGUCUGGGGGGCUGUGAGUGCUGAAAGAUUAGUUUUUAGAAGCAAUGGGCACAGACAUCAAACUUGGUCUAAUAUCUCGGAAGUCUACUAAAGUGAGACAUUGUCCUCAUGUUUCUUAGCCAUUUACAUUGUUUUGUUCAAAGCUAGGUUGCUUUUCAAUUUUUUAGUUAACUCCCACUGCUAGCAAAAAGAGACAUUGUUGGCCUGAACUAGUGACAUUCUAACAGGCACACAUGACUCAAGUGGCCAUGUUACCAAAGUAACCUUAAAGGGGCAGCUAAAUAUUUUUGUCUGAUAUUUUUGUUAAAAUACUCAGGUCACAGAAUAUGACAUUAAAUCGAGCAGUAUACCACAUUACUUCUUACUAGUAAUACAUUUCUUGUUUUAGAAACAUAACUAAGCAUGCCCAUCUGUUUGUUUUGUGUUGGCAACAACAAAAAAUGUGGUCUGGAAAAAAUUGUGGUGGCUGGUAGAUUUAUUUAAUCUACCUGCCACAGCGGCUGGUAUACAGAAAAGUUAGUUUUAGGCCCUGGUAAUACUUGUCACAAUUGAACAGUUGAAGAGAGGAUGUUCUCAGCUUUGUGCAGGUAUAUAUAUUUUUUCUCAGCUGUCUGUUUUACAACUGAGAUAUUAAUAUGGAUUUGAGAUACGGAGCGCGCGAAAUGAGCAUUGGCCAUUGCGAGCGGAUUGGGCAUUAGGCUAUGACCGCAACGUUUUUGUUAGGACAAUAAUGACUUUACUGUUCAAUUAAAACAUGGCUACUUCCAGUGACAAUUAUAUUUAGAGGUAGUGAUCUAGCUAAUGUGUUUUGAGUUUCCACUUACCCAGCUGGUGAAUUGCACCAAAUAUAUUAGUCUGUUAGCCUACCAGACAAGCUAAAUUACUUCUAUGCUCGCUUCAAGGCAAGUAACACUGAAACAUGCAUGAGAGCAUCAGCUGUUCCGGACCACUGUGUGAUCACGCUCUCCGUAGCCGAUGUGAGUAAGAUCUUUAAACAGGUCAACAUUCACAAGACGGUUUACCAGGACGUGUACUCCGAGCAUGCGCUGACCAACUGGCAAGUGUCUUCACUGACAUUUUCAACCUCUCCCUGUCUGAGUCUGUAAUACCAACAUGUUUCAAGCAGACCACCAUAGUCCCUGUGCCCAAGAACACUAAGGUAACCUGCCUAAAUGACUUCCGACCCGUAGCACUCACAUGUAGCCAUGAAGUGCUUUGAAAGGCUGGUCAUGGCUCACAUCAACACCAUUAUCCCAGAAACCCUAGACCCACUCCAAUUUGCAUACCGCCCCAACAGAUCCACAAAUGAUGCAAUCUCUAUUGCGCUCCACACUGCCCUUUCACACCUGGACAGAAGGAACACCUAUGUGAGAAUGCUAUUCAUUGACUACAGCUCAGCGUUCAACACCAUAGUGCCAUCAAUGCUCAUCACUAAGCUAAGGACCCUGGGACUAAACACCUCCCUCUGCAACUGGAUCCUGGACUUCCUGACGGGCCGCCCCCAGGUGGUAAGGGUAGGUAACAACACAUCCGCCACGCCGAUCCUCAACACGGGGGCCCCUCAGGGGUGCGUGCUCAGUCCCCUCCUGUACUCCCUGUUCACUCAUGACUGCAUGGCCAGGCACGACUCCAACGGCAUUAUUGAGUUUGCCGAUGACACAGCGGUGGUGGGCCUGAUCACCGACAACGACGAGACAGCCUAUGGGGAGGUGGUCAGAGACCUGGCCAUGUGGUGCCAGGACAACAACCUCUCCCUCAACGUGAUCAAGACAAAGGAGAUGAUUGUGGACUACAGGAAAAAGAGGAGGACUGAGCACGCCCCAUUCUCAUCAACUGGGCUGUAGUGGAGCAGGUUGAGAGCUUCAAGUUCCUUGGUGUCCACAUCACCAACAAACUAACAUGGUCCAAGCACACCAAGACAGUCGUGAAGAGGGCACGACAAAACCUAUUCCCCCUAAGGAGACUGAAAAGAUUUGGCAUGGGUCCUCAGAUCCUCAAAAGGUUCUACAGCUGCACCAUCGAGAGCAUCCUGACUGGUUGCAUCACUGCCUGGUAUGGCAACUGCUCGGCCGCAAGGCACUACAGGGGGUAGUGCGUACAGCCCAGUACAUCACUGGGGCCAAGCUUCCUGCCAUCCAGGACCUCUAUACCAGGCGGUGUCAGAGGAAGGCCCUAAUAAUUGUCAGAGACUCCAGCCACCUUAGUCAUAGACUGUUCUCUCUGCUACCGUACGGCAAGCUGUACCGGAGCGUCAAGUCUAGGUCCAAGAGGCUUCUAAACAGCUUACACCCCCAAGCCCCAAGACUCCUGAACAUGUAAUGAAAUGGCUACCCAGACUAUUUGCAUUGCCCCACCCCCCCCACCCCCACCCCCACGCUGCUGCUACUCUCUGUUUAUUAUCUAUGCAUAGUCACUUUAAUAACUCUACCUACAUGUACAUAUUGCCUCAAUUACCUUGACUAACCGGUGCCCCCCCACAUUGACUUGGUACCGGUACCCCCUGUAUAUAGCCUUGCUAUUGUUAUUUAUACUGCUGCGCUUUAAUUAUUUCAUACUUUUAUUUCGUAUUUUAUUGUGAUUUUUUUUGUUGGUGUUCUUUCUUAACUGCAUUGUUGGUUAAGGGCUUGUAAUUAAGCAUUUUACUGUAAGGUCUACACCUGUUGUAUUCGGCGCAUGUGACAAAUAACAUUUGAUUUGAUUUUAGUGCACAUAAAGAUGUAGGCAAAUUCAUCUCUAUUUAACCGCAAAUAUUGAGUCCUAUUUUUGUAAACUAUAACAACAAUGGCCUAAUUGUCAAAUUCAUGACAAUAACUGGAUUAGGUUGCAGUGCACAUCAAAAUAUAUUGAAUCAUGCAUUCCUGCGUAGAUUAAACAAGUUAUUUGAAUACCAUCUCAGUAGUCUAUUGCACUUCUUUAUUAAAGCACUGUGAAUGCCAUUAGAAAUAUGGGGAAAUUAGCAGGUUUGUGGCGCACGCAGACCGCAAAAUUAUUAAAUUGCAUUUCAAGUGGAAUUAAAAAGGUAUUUUAUAAAGUCUUAAGUUCAACUUGAUGGAACCUGCAGGUACCCUGUAUUUGGCGGAGUGUGUGUGUAGCAGCAUCUAUUUGGCAGAAAGAGAAAGGGCAUGCGUGUGUUUGGCCGUCUCGUAUUUAUGACAGUGACUGAAUAUCUCUGCUGUGUAUUGACGCUGACAGUGGGACACGGCGGGACAGGAGAGGUUUCGCACGAUCACAUCCAGCUACUACAGAGGAGCCCACGGCAUCAUCGUAGUCUACGACGUCACAGACCAGGUCAGUCUGUCUCUUUAGCACAGACAAUCUUUACCUUUUCACUGUGUUUGGGUUUUCUGGCUUCUUUUCCAGAAUUGAAAGUCAGGAGUGCAGGUGAAUUAGUACUUUGAAAGACUUACUUCACAAAUAUCUUGCCUACCCUGACAUGUUGGUUUUGAUUAUCUUUCUUCUUCUAGGAGUCCUUCAACAAUGUAAAGCAGUGGCUACAGGAAAUCGACCGCUACGCCAGUGAAAAUGUCAACAAGCUAUUGGUGGGGAACAAGUGUGACCUGACCACAAAGAAAGUGGUGGAUUACACAACAGCAAAGGUAAGGGCUUCCAACCAAGACAAUGGGUUAUCAGAUGGAGCAGGAGUAAUGCAUUUUUUCCAAUUAACUCUUUGAAAAAAUGGUGUAGAGCUGUGGUUACCAAACUUUCAAAUUGAGAUUUUGUUGAGGCCCCCAAACAUUCAAAAUGGUUUUGGACACAAUCGGGUCUCUGCAACCCAGUAGUAAAAUAGUAGUAGUAAUAGUUUACAGUCCUGUCAUGAAUGCAGCAGCAGCUCCCCUAACCCUCUCUCGCCAUUCCUUUCUCUGCAGGAGUUUGCAGACUCCCUGGGCAUCCCGUUCUUAGAAACGAGUGCCAAGAGCGCCACCAAUGUGGAGCAGGCCUUCAUGACCAUGGCUGCUGAGAUCAAGAAGAGGAUGGGCCCCGGGGCCACGAACGGAGGCAACGAGAAGUCCAAUGUCAAGAUCCAGAGUACGCCUGUCAAACCUGACUCGGGGUCCUGCUGCUGAGCGAGAACCCCACCAACACCUCUACCCCCACCUCAAGCACCCCACUCUGGCCUGUCAGCCCCCUCCACCUGGCCCCA